GGCGGGGCAGGGCUCCCGCGCCGCAGCGCCAUUGGCUGCCCUGGCUGCCACCCGGCAGUAGUAACGGGGUCAGCCCCGCCCCUUCCUCUUUCCUUCGGAGCAGGCGGCGGCGGCGGUGGUUUCUAGUGCAGCUAUGGCCAAAAUUAAGGCUCGGGACCUUCGGGGCAAGAAGAAGGAGGAGCUGCUGAAACAGCUGGACGACCUGAAGGUGGAGCUGUCGCAGCUGCGCGUUGCCAAAGUGACGGGCGGCGCAGCAUCGAAGCUCUCCAAGAUCCGAGUUGUCCGCAAAUCCAUCGCCCGAGUUCUCACGGUUAUCAACCAGACACAGAAAGAAAACCUCAGGAAAUACUACAAGGGCAAGAAGUACAAGCCCCUGGACCUGCGGCCCAAGAAGACUCGAGCCAUGCGCCGCCGGCUCAACAAGCAUGAGGAGAAGCUGAAGACGAAGAAGCAGCAGCGGAAGGAGCGGCUGUAUCCUCUGCGCAAGUUUGCUGUCAAGGCCUGAGCAGCACGGUGACAAUAAAACUCAAAACUCUG